UGCAGCAGCAAUUUUUCUUUCUCCCCAAAACAACUGCGCAUCAGACAGGAAGUGACUGCUCCGAAGUAAAGAACGUUCUUGUGUGUUAUUGCGAAAUUCGUGCAAGUUGCAAAACAAAAACAAAUGGCUUCGCUGCGUGGAACGGUUCCGGUUCUCCUAAAACUCCGCCGCGUCCAGAGCGUCCCCGGGAUGCUCUACCACGCGAACGUGCUGGACCACUACGAAAACCCGCGCAAUGUUGGCUCGAUGGACAAGAAGGACAAAACGGUCGGAACCGGCCUAGUUGGUGCUCCGGCUUGCGGUGACGUCAUGAAGCUGCAGAUCAAGGUCGACGAGAACGGCAAAAUCAUCGACGCCAAGUUCAAAACGUUCGGCUGCGGAUCGGCCAUCGCGUCCAGCUCGCUGGCCACCGAAUGGGUCAAAGGAAAGACCCUGGACGAGGCCAAAAAGCUCAAGAAUACGGACAUUGCGAAGGAGCUGUCGUUGCCGCCGGUCAAGCUGCACUGCUCGAUGCUGGCCGAGGAUGCCAUCAAGGCGGCCCUCGAGGAUUACAAGAAGAAGCAGGACAAGUAGGAAGGGAGCGCAAAGAGUCUAGUGAUUAGGUACAUUACAUUGUAAUUAGAGUGAGUGUGGUUGAUUAUGCAAGAUGGUGUUAUUAAACUUGAUAUCGGUUUGAGAGAGAAAAAUAAAGAGUUGCUUAGAGGAAAA